AUGGCAUCAAGUGUGCAAUCGGUCUAUCCACAACCUCCCGGCUAUCCUUCACACGCACACUCAAACUCCCUCCACGGCUCAUUCUCGCAGUCACAAAUUGGCUCUUUUGAUGCCCUCAAUCAAAGUGUUGCUUCAACACCAGCUCCGACUCCUCCUCCACCUCGACCUAGCUCGCAACAGCAGAUGGCCUUCUCUAUGAAUGGCAGCCAUACCCAGAUGAUGCCGCCUAAUCACUAUGGUGCAUAUCCCGAACCUAACAUGUUUGCACAGUCGCAAUACCAGAUCAACGGAAGCCCUCAAAUAUACACGGCGGUAUACUCAAAUGUUUCAGUUUUCGAGAUGGAAGUGAACGGCGUUGCUGUCAUGCGACGUCGAGCUGAUGGAUGGUUGAACGCUACCCAAAUACUGAAGGUCGCUGGGGUCGAUAAGGGAAAGAGGACCAAGGUUUUGGAGAAGGAAAUCCUGACUGGCCAACAUGAGAAAGUUCAGGGCGGUUAUGGCAAGUAUCAAGGGACGUGGAUCAAUUACCAGAGGGGUCGAGAGUUUUGUCGUCAAUAUGGAGUUGAGCAGGCUUUACUGCCCCUGUUAGAGUAUGAUAUAAACGCUGAUGGGGCAGCUGGCCAACAAAAUAUCGAGACACCGACAAAAGAACAGGCCAUGGCUGCUCAAAGGAAGAGAAUGUUUGCUGGAGACAAUCGACCAAUGAGCCAGUCUCAAGGUGGCACUUUCUUCAAGAAUAUGUCUUCCACCGCCGCCAAUGCCAUCAAUGCCUUGAACCGCACCAGAGUGGACUCGCCAGCUAGAACGACGGACGGCAGAAGGUCCGUUGGGCCAAGACGACAGUCACAACAACACUUCUCACAAGACCUGUCAUUCAUGGGUGGAAGCCAGCAUAGUGUGCACAGCCUACCAUCACAAGACUCAUUUAAUGCUAACAAUGGUGUUCUCAGUCAGAACGCUAGUUUCGCUGAUUACCAGAACACCGACGAGCCACCAAGAAAACGUAUGAGGCCGACGCCAGAAAACUCCUUCAUGAAUUCGUUUGACGGAGCUAUCGACAAUGUAAUGGACAGCCCGAAUGAGGUCAAUCAAGCAUUCUUCGCACAGGCUAAUCAAUCCUUCAUGGCUGCACAGCCGUUUGUCUUUGGCCUCGAACCAUUGCCGCAUCCGAAUGGAAGCUUAGAAGAACGGAGGAAAGAACUGCUGUUAGAUCUUUUCAUGGAUCCUAACAGAUCAGACUUCGAAGAUCAUCCUGCCUUCCUCACCCUUAGUGGUGAGGAGUUUGAAGUACCUAUCGAUACGUCCUGCAACACUGCGUUGCAUUGGGCAGCCACUCUCGCUCGUAUACCUCUUGUCAAGAAGCUCAUGGAUAAAGGUUUCAACAUUAGACGGACCAACAGCGGUGGUGAAACUGCUCUCAUUGCCGCAUGUCAAGCACGCAAUAACUUGGAUCAGAACUCUUUCCCAGCCUUACUGGAUUUGCUAGGUCCCAGCAUCGAGAUACGGGACGGUCGUGGGCGUACGAUGCUUCAUCACAUCGCAGUCUCUUCGGCCAUGAAAGGUCGAGCUGCUGUGGGCAAGUACUACUUGGAAUCACUGCUUGGCUACGUUCUGAAACAAUCACAUGUGGCAAACCCGAACUCUUCGUCGGCUCCAAUGACAUUGACACGUUUCAUGGCCGAAAUAGUUAACGCUCAGGACAAAUCCGGCGAUACUGCUCUCAACUUGGCAGCUCGUACAAGCACGAGGGCAAUCAUUGAUCAGCUCCUCGAGGUUGGUGCAGAUGCAUUCAUUGCCAAUAGAGGAGCGCUGGCACCAAUCGACUUCGGUGUUGGAGCAGACAAUGGUCAGACGGCACGAGAUCCCACACUGACCACAAGCUUUGAUGCGUCACAGAGCAUGAAUGCCUCGCAACAAUCCUUCGAAGAGGCCAAAGAAGGGUUUAUGACUUCAAUGAAUGGCAUAUUUGCUCAGGCCGAUGCAGAUUUUGAGACGGAAAUGAAGACCAAGGACGAUAUCCUCAACAAGACCAAUGCAGCCUUGAAAGAGUCCAGCAAUGCCUUGAUCGAGGAGAGGAAGAAACUCGAAGAACUAACUGCAAGAACUCAAGGGCAAGAUGAGUUGGCGCAAAAAGUGAAAAACUUGAGGCGUUUCAACCAAGAGCUUCGAGAGCAACUGUCCGCCUCGAGCCAAGUACAAGACAAUGUUCCUGUGGGCGAGGCUGACAAAGGCCUAGAUCUCGAUGGGAAGAUCAAUAACGUCAACCAGCUGUUCCCGAAUGGAGCUCAAGAUCUAGGCUCGAAUCUUAGCCCUGAGCAGAUCCAACUUUUGACCUCGCUAGAGCGUGCUGAGGUUCUGACAGGACGAGUACAGGCCUAUCAAACACAUAAUGCUCUGCUGGAAAACGAAGCUAGAGGCUUGAAAGGCAAGAGCAAAGAGCUCGAAGAUAGGUAUAGAAAGAUUAUCAGCUUAUGUACAGGCACACCCGAGGAGCGAGUGGAUGAUCUGCUGGAUCAACUGGUGCAGGCAGUUGUCAGCGAACAGAAGGACAUGGCUAGUAGCAUGGACUUAAUACGCGUUCGAGACUUCCUUCGCAAUGUGCAGCAAGAUAGCUGA